AGGACUUGACAUAGACAGCCACAAUAAACUGCUUCAUAGUUCAAGUACAGGGCAGUGCCCAGCUGUCAAUGCUUUUGAGAGUUAAAAGAACAAGACGUCUGUAGAUCUCUCUCUUCUAGAGCCAUCUGAAAAACAUGGGUGUUCUGGGGCUUCAAGACAAGGACGAGAGAGUGUACUAUCCUCCAGAGGAUCUGCAAAAGGUUGCUCAUGUGCCUGAUUUGAACUCAUAUCUUUCGAUGUACAAAAGAUCCAUUGAGGAACCUGAAGAGUUCUGGAGGGGGGUUGCUCAGGAAUUUUACUGGAAGAACCCCCCCACAGGUAAAAUGCUGCAGUAUAACUUUGAUAUGACCAAGGAGCAGGUGUACAUCAAGUUCAUGGAAGGAGCCAAGACAAAUAUGUGCUACAAUGUGCUGGACCGCAACGUGCUGGACCGGAACUUGGGCGAAAAAGUUGCGUAUUACUGGGAGGGGAACUCUCCUGAUCAUCACCUUACCAUCACAUACAGCCAGCUUCUAAAGCAGGUGUGCAGAUGUGCCAACGCUCUCAAACAACUGGGUGUUAAGAAAGGAGACAGAGUGGCCAUUUACUUGCCUAUGAUCCCUGAGCUUGUGUACACCAUGCUGGCCUGUGCUCGAAUAGGGGCAGUACAUUCGAUUGUGUUUGCAGGGUUUUCCUCCGAAUCUCUGGCUGAGAGGAUCGUGGACGCUCAGUGUAGCAUCCUGGUGACGGCAGAUGGAGUCUACAGGGGAGAGAAGCUGAUCAACCUGAAGCAGAUUUCAGACCAUGCCUUGGAGCACUGCCGAGAAAAAAGCUCCUUCACAGUCCAGAAAUGUCUUGUAGUGAAGCAUCAUGCCUUCAGGACAACCAAUUUCAGCAAUAAGCUACAGACACCCUGGAAUGCAGAGUGUGAUGUGUGGUGGGAUGACGUUGUGAACAGUGCAUCUGAGGAGUGCCAGCCUGAGUGGUUGAAUGCUGAAGACCCGCUCUUUAUUCUGUAUACCAGUGGGUCCACAGGCAAGCCCAAGGGAAUACUGCACACUAUAGCUGGCUACUUGCUCUACACAUCGCUUACAUUCAAAUAUGUCUUCGAUUAUCAUCAUGACGAUGUGUACUGGUGCACAGCAGACAUCGGCUGGAUCACAGGACAUUCCUAUAUCACAUAUGGUCCACUAGCCAAUGGGGCAACCAGUGUGCUGUUUGAAGGCAUUCCAGUCUACCCUCACGUGGGCCGGAUUUGGGAGAUCAUAGAGAAGCACAGAGUGUCUAAGUUUUAUACAGCACCCACUGCUAUCAGGCUGCUUAUGAAGUUCGGGAGUGAGCCAUUGCAAAAAUACGAUCUUUCCAGUUUGCGUAUUCUGGGGACUGUUGGUGAGCCUAUAAACCCAGAAGCCUGGCUCUGGUAUCAUGAUGUUGUGGGUCGGGGUAGAUGCCCGGUGGUCGACACCUUCUGGCAGACUGAGACGGGAGGUCAUGUUCUGACUCCAUUGCCUGCAGCGAUACCACUAAAGCCAGGAUCUGCAACGUUACCCUUUUUCGGUGUGCAGCCCACAAUCCUGAAUGAGCAUGGAGAAGAACUGGAAGGAGAGGCAGAGGGCUACCUGGUUUUCCGGAAACCCUGGCCAGGCAUCAUGCGGGGCAUCUAUCAAAAUCAAGAACGAUUCCAGAACACUUACUUCAAAAAGUUUCCAGGGUUUUAUGUGACAGGAGAUGGAUGCAGGAGGGACAAAGAUGGCUACUACUGGAUCACAGGCAGAAUAGAUGACAUGCUCAAUGUCUCAGGUCAUUUGCUGAGCACAGCCGAGGUGGAGGCAGCAUUAACAGAACACCCAGCUGUGGCUGAAGCAGCUGUGGUCAGCUGUCCUCACACCAUUAAGGGCGAGUGUCUCUACUGCUUUGUCACGCUGAAGGACAGCCAGGAAUUCAACCACGCUUUCAAGGAGGACCUCAAGAGGAAAGUGAGAGAGAAGAUUGGCCCGAUAGCAACUCCAGAUUUCAUCCAGAAUGCCCCAGGUCUUCCCAAAACCCGCUCAGGGAAGAUCAUGCGGCGUGUCCUGAGGCAGAUCGCCCGCAAUGAGAAAGACCUGGGUGACCUUUCCACUCUGGCAGACCCCAAAGUGGUGGAAGUGCUCUUUAGUCAGAGGUGUGAAGCAGCAGCGUGAGAGCAUCAAGCAAUUCCUCAUGCAACUGGCAUUGGAACAGUUUCAAUAAUAAUAAUAAUAAUAAUAAUAGUAAUAAUAAUGAUUAUAAAAACAUUCACAUUGGCCUGUUGUGGGUUAGCUGAUCCUAAAUUGGAAGCUGAGGGACAUCACCUUAUUUGUGAUAGAUUUUAGUUUUUCUUCCGACCUCGAUCUUCUAAUUAGUACACAAGGAAACACAUUGGAUUGAAUUGCAGUAGAGUCUAAAAUAGCUGUUUGUGUAUUACAUUAUCUCAAAAAGAUACUCAAACAGAGAGGUCAUUUUAUAUCCCUUUCCAUUGCUUCAGAAUAUGGCCCUACUUCUUUGGCUGAGGUGGGUGUGGUAGCACAGUGGUUAAGGCAUUGGACUUUUGAUCGGAAGGUCACAGGUUCAAAUCAAAGAAAGGCACUUAACCCUCCAUUGCUCAGUUGUAAGUCGCUCUAAAUAAGGGUGUCUGCCAAAUACCAUAAAUGGUUGAGGUUGUCUAUUAAAAAACAACUUUUUUAUGUUGUGCCCACUGUGUGUCACCACUGCACACUGUACUGUAAUCACGAAUGCUGCAACGAUAUAGAGCUUAAAUGUGUCAUUUUCCCAGCCAAUAAUCAGCAGAGAAAAAUUCCUAGGUGGUGUUAAUUCUUACACUGACUUCAUACAGCUUAUUGUGUUUCCACCCUUCAAUAAGAGACUUUCAGUGUUCUCAGAUCAGCUGUUAUCUGUUAUGAGUGUUUUUUGAUUGACAUGACUAUAAUUAGAUACUUAGUUCAUGAUAAAAUCACAGAACAACACUGAAGUCCAGUAUCAACUCAAAAUAUAUUUGGAUUUAUUUCCAGGCCAAAAAAAAGGUAAGCAUAAGCCAGUAACAAUGAAACUAGCCAUUUCUAUUUUAUAAUAUAUAUUGCAAGAUGCACUUUGGUAUCUCUAAUGCACAAUUAUUCUUAUAGGUCUAAAGUUUUAGAAUCACUUUAAAACAUUUUAAUAUCCAGUUACAAUAUAAUAUCUAUUAAAUAUAAAUGUAUAUGAAUUUUUUAAUUAAAACACAAUAUACAUUACAAUAUGUUUAUAAUUUAUCGAUUCAGAUAAAAUGUAAACAGGUGAUUGAAUAUAGUAAUGAAUGCUGAUUUGCACAAACAGUGAACAACUGUACAAAUGAUAUUACUAAUAUUACUAUGCGUUCAUGAUCUAAAAUGUCUUUGUUCAUUCUGUAAUCGAGUUGAAGGUUCAAGUUUUUUCCAGACUACCUUUCAUUCAUAAUCUUCACUGACAUAACUCGAGGUUUUCUGUUAAUCUUCCUUUCUGUUACUGAAUCUUGAUUAAAAGAUUUCUCUAAUUUCUACCAAGGCUCUGAAACAUCAGACCUGUCUUCAUACAGUGUGUAUCUCUUAGUGUGUGGGAAUAUCUUCUGUUUGAAUAAAUUCCAUUGAAUUGUUUUUUGAAA